GCUCUGACACUAAAGUUUAGGUAUGAUUUUGUAGAGUAUUUCGCAGUGCAUCUUUUAGAAAAAAACAUUAACCUUAAAGUCUUAAAGGAACAAGCGAAAAUUGAAAAAUAUUUCUAUUUAAAUCAAGUAUGUACAUAUCAAAAGUAAUCGCUAAUCUAUACUGAUAAUAUACUCUAUAUAGGGUGGUAAUUGUACAAUAUUAACAAAAAAUGAUGCCAAUGAUUUUCAGUCGUUAUUAAAUGCUAUGAAAAUAUUGGGUUUUACGAGAAUUGAACAGGAAACAAUAUUUAAAAUAUUAGCAGCCGUAUUGCAUCUUGGAAAUAUUUAUUUCACGCAUGCUCUGGAUGAUCCUGGUCAUGAUAUAAUUCAAAUCAGUACAAAAUCGGAAGUUGAAUGGGCUGCACAUUUACUUAGUUUAAAUGAACAAGGAUUAUUACAAAAACUGACGCAUAAAGUAACAGAGGCUCGCGAUGAACGACUGCUAACACCGUUUAAUCUAGAUCAAGCAUUGGAUUCGAGAGAUGCAAUUGCCAAAGCAUUAUACAGUACCUUAUUUAGUUGGUUAGUUGCUCGAAUAAAUCAAAUUGUUCGAGGAAAGUUACAUGUUGAAAAUUCGAUUGCCAUCCUAGAUAUAUUUGGGUUUGAAAAUUUUUCAUUAAACAGUUUUGAACAAUUAUGUAUUAAUUAUGCCAAUGAAGCACUACAAUUUUAUUUCAAUCGACACGUCUUUAAAUUAGAACAAGAAGAAUAUGUCAAAGAAAAACUAUCGUGGAAACGAAUUGAAUUUAUGGAUAAUACGGAUUGUUUAGAUUUAAUUGGUAAAAAACCAAAUGGAAUAAUACCAAUUUUAGAUGAUGAAUCUAGUUUUCCACGAGCUACGGAUCAAUCAUUUUUACAAAAAUGUCAUUUUGCUCAUGUAGCUAAUCCAUUAUAUGGGAAACCUCGUUUACUGAAAUCGAUAUUCAGUAUUAAACAUUAUGCGGGUGAAGUAGAAUAUAAUGUACGAGGCUUUUUAGACAAAAAUCGUGACAUGCUUAGAAGUGAUGUGAUUGAUUUAUUUUCAUCAAGCAAAAAUACAAUGUUAUCACUCAUGUAUAGUGAUAUCCGAGAGUUGUACGAAAGUCAUAAGGGAUUUAAUCUCAAAACCGGCCGAUUUAUUACGAUGAAAGCGAAAACACCCACUGUCUCAGCUCGAUUUCAUGACUCAUUGAAUCACUUAUUAGAAAUUAUGACACAAUGUAAUCCUUAUUUUAUUCGUUGUAUUAAACCAAAUAAUGAAAAAUUAGCAAAUAAAUUAGAAUUAUCAGUGGUCUUAGAACAACUGAAAUAUACGGGUGUGCUUGAAACAAUAACAAUAAGAAAGCUUGGUUAUCCAAGACGGUAUAAAUUUGAUUAUUUUGCUAAACGAUAUCGAUGUUUGUUAAAUGAUCAUUUUCUUAAAAUAGAUCUUUGUCAUUUACAUUUACAUCAUCACCACCAUCAUCAUUCCGUAAAUGGAUCAUCACUGGAAAAUGAAGCGAAAGAGAUAAUGAUUCGUGUUCUCAGUGGUUUACCUUCAAAAUUUGCUUCGCAAUACCAAAUUGGCGUCACAAAAAUAUUUCUACGCGAAUCAUUAGAACAACAAUUGGAACAACAACGUUCAAUAUUAUUGAAUCAAGCUGCCCUAAUUAUACAACGGACAUUGAAAAGUUAUAUAGAUCGAAAUAAAUUUAUAAGGCAACGAAAUGCAGUUAUCAUUUUACAAAAAUCUUAUCGUCAUUGGUCUCAAAAUUUUUUUUACAUCAUGUCAGCAUCACCUGUAAAACGCACAAAAGUUGAACGGAAAACUAGUCUUGGUACAUCGAUAGCGCGAGCAAUGAUAUCGAUGUCACCUGAUAUUGAUCUAUACGCUUGGGAUGAACAACACACAGAUCAACAAUUGUAUGAAUCAACACAAUCCAUUAGUCGGACUAUAGAACAUUGCUCGAUACCAGAUGAUAUAAAUAAUUAUCCAUUUAUGAAAUAUAUCACUUCAAAUACAACGUGUGGUACAAAAUGGGAUAGAAAAUUAAUACCGAUUAAUGAACCGUUUACAGUGACAACGCUUAAUGAACAACAAUAUCAAUUAGCCUUAGUACUAUUCAAAUUGAUUUUGAGAUUUAUCAAUACAAGUGAAUAUGAUAAAAAACGUGAUCGUGCACUGGGUGACUAUAUUGUACAAUUGGGUCUUAUGAAUGAAAUACUGCGCGAUGAAAUUUUUGUUCAAAUUUGUAAUCAAACGUGGAAUAAUAUUGAUAAUGUUAAAUUAACAAAGGCAUGGCUAUUAAUGUUAAAUGCUAUGAGUUGUUUCGCACCAUCACCGUUAUUGUAUAAAUUUUUACUCAAAUAUGUAUCGGAUAAUGCAACGGAUGAAUCAAAACCUUAUUGUCAACAAAAACUUUUAUUUGCUAGUGAAGCUGAUUCACCACGAACAUAUCCACCUACACAUCUAGAAUGGGCAUCAAAUAUAAAGGCACAAAAUAUGGCACUCAAAGUCCAAUUUGCCGAUAAUUACCCUAUUGUUAGCGAAAUUGAAUCAUGGAUGACUGGUGAAGAUUUUGCUUCAACUCUACUCGAGUCACGCGGUAUUCAUAAUGCAGCCUAUCGCAAUGGAUGGUCGCUAACAUUGAAUGAUGAAUGUGACAAUGUUGAAUUAAUGGGUUAUGAUUACGUAUUGGAUUUAAUUAGUGGAAUGGAAAUUGCUCCCUGUUUUCCAACGUGUAAAUCAUUUUAUCUUGUCCAUACCAAUGAUGAAUAUAAAUUAUCUGAAGAAAAAAGAAAUACAACAUUCAGAUAUCGGCAUAAAGACGCUGUGUUUGACUGGUCUUUGAACGCUGAGAAUUCUCAUCUUAAAACAAAAUACUUGACAUCUGACGAUGAUGCAAAAUUAGUAAAACAUAAACAAUCAACAUCAUCGCAUCAUGAUCAUCAUCAUUUUGAUCACGAAAAAAGUGAUGACAUCAUAUAUAGUCCAGGACAAACUAGUCAGAUACAAAAGUACAGCAAAUAUCAUUCUCCGUUAUACAUUGAAAUUAGCAAACAUUCAUCUUCUGAAACUGAAAGUUUUGAUGAACAAUACAAUUCACCAUCUGACGUUGAUGACAAGCCACUAUCAAUGUUAAGAGACCCAUCAGUACAGUCGUUUAUUUCAUAUAAAAGUGAACCGAUACAUCAACAAAUCAGCAGUCGUAGUAGUGCAGAAGGUGCUAGUACACAAGAAAGUGUAAUUCCAGCUAUAACAGAAAUGAUUUUCAAGGAUGAAAUUCAUCAAAAACCAUCUACCAUCAAGAUGAUUACUUAUAUUCCUCCAAGUCCAAAAACACAACCUCCAUCGAGGGCGAGCAAUAGAAACGUUACAUUCAGGAGAAAUACACAGCAGUCAAGUAUAAGAACCCAACCUCAUCCUUCAGAAACAAUUCGAACAGUACAAUUAGGUCCGAAAUCAUCCAUAAAAAAAACUGAAUCAGUUCAAAAAAAAUCGCUGAAAAUGCUUCAAGAACAUCAUAAUUCCAAAAUGUCAUCCAUGAGACAAUCAACAACGUCAUCACAUCGCACGAAAGAUUCGGGAUGUGGUGGACACUUUUUAUCAAAAAUUCCUGCUCUUCGCUGUUUUCGGUCAUCAAAAAAUUCAUCGUUAAGUAGGAAAUCAUGUUCAACAAUUAAGCAUGAUGAUUAUCAACAUUCUAAGAAGCGACGAGUUUUAAUACAACCAACAGCAUCGACAAAAACAAAAAACAACGGUUCAAAAGUUGUAGAAAUAGCUGAACAACAGGCUAUUAUUGUGAGCGACUACAAUGGUAUCGAUAAUCCAACAUCUGUUUAUGGUGGCUUUUCAAUCUGUUCUAAUGGAACAUUAUAUCCCCCUCGAUAUGAACACAUUGGUAAACGUUAG